AUGGGACUGGGAAUGCGAUGGCUUGACCUGACUGACGGCAUGGGAAAGGAAUGUUUUUUCUGCCCGAUUUUUAAGUUGUCUUACAAACGACAGGCGCAAAAAAAGAAACAUGCGGGAGGCGGGAGUGCCCCAUCUUGGGAGGUAGCAGUGGUCGGAACUCAUGUCUUUGUUUUCGAACUAGACCGGGUGACUGUCCAGAACACAUGUACCUAUUAUGAUGACUUAUCGACGCCUAAAUCCAACUCCUUCUCCACUUUCACUACCACCACGACUUUCUUCUAG